AUGAACAAGUAUUUUGUGAAAAAUUUCACUAUUCGUGCAGCACCCUAUGACUUUCGUCGAUUGCCGUAUGAGAAUUCUGACUAUAUGGAAAGACUGAAGCUGUUAGUUGAAGAAACAUACGAAAAUGGACAAAACAGACCAGUUGUUCUAAUUGGUCACAGUAUGGGUUCACUGUAUACAUUGAACUUUCUUAAUAAACAGACGAAAGACUGGAAACAAAAAUAUGUGAAGUCAUACAUUUCAGUUUCUGCGCCAUUUGGUGGUUCUGUAAAAGCUCUGUUAGGCAUUACUUCUGGCGAUAAUUUUUCCAUAUUUUUCCGAAAUCCUUUAUCUUUUCGUCCAAUUCUACGAUCGUUUACUUCUGUUGUGUCAACUGUGCCAAAUCCUAGAGUAUGGCCUCCAGAUCAGGUGUUGAUAUCAACACCAACAAAAAAUUAUACAGUGAAUGAUUACCUAACUCUUUUCAAGGACAUAGGUUUCCCACUGGGUUAUGAAGUAAUGAUGAAGGCUAGAGAAAAUUUCAUUACUCUGUCUCCACCAGCAGAUGUCUCUGAAGUUUAUUGUAUCUACAGUUCUGGCCUGAUAACUAUGAAGAAGUUAGUUUAUAAACCAGCAGGCCUUUAUCGAGAUGCAUUUCCUAACCAAGCACCAAUACUAGAAUAUGACGAUGGUGAUGGAACAGUCAACUUGGAAAGCUUGGAAGUAUGUACCCAUUGGCCUAAUGUAAAGAUUAUUCAUUUGCCUGCAUCGAGUCAUGUACCCAUAAUAUCUGACCAUCGAUUUAUUCAAUUCGUUCAAUCUCAUGUAACCAGCUAG